GAAACGCGCGCGCCGCUCACUUUCGCUUUCACUAAUAAAGAAGGACGGUCGAGUGUUUGCUGCAGUCUCUCAUCCUGGCGAACCGUGAGCAGUGUUAAGAUGGAUGUAAAGGAAAUGGUUAUUGAAGUGAAUGGACUUCCAGAUGACUACCCAGAUGAUAAUAAAAUGACCGACAACUUAACCAUGCACUUUCUGCGGCCCAGUAACAACGGUGGAGAGGUUUUAAUAGUGAUAUAUCCCACCUCCAGCAAAGGCCAGGCUUAUGUUGUAUUUGAAUCAGAAGUACCCCGAGUGUUGGACCAUCAUCACGUUUUGGAACUGGAUAGUCAGUUUUACCCCCUGGAUGUUAAAAAGAUACAUCAGCCUAAGUUUGACAUGCCAGCUGAAGCACUCCUCGAUGUGAGCAUGUUUUCCAGUCAGAAAAGGAUCCAAAAUCUUCUUCAUAGCCAUGGCUUUGACGUGUCAGAGACCAGAUCAGGACAGCUGCAUUUGCAGGGAACCUUUCUUAACCUAAAGCGCGUCAAUCCCAAACUCAUGCGUCUUCUGGCUCAAGACACCCAGCCUCAAAGAACAACACCCUCAGGUUACACCAACGGCUACCCGUCUGACUAUGAAUCUAGAUCUCAUUUCACAUCGAGGCACGGCCACAACAACGGCCACUCACGGUAUGCUGCGGCUGCAAGGCCAUCUUCUGGAGUAAACUCAAGAUCCCCAGAGUCCCCAAACAGACUCAUGCAGGCUGCCUCUCCACUGGAUGUGAGUUCAAGCACAGAAAGUUCCUUCAGCAGUCCCUCCAGGAGCUAUGAGGACUCCAGCGUAAGCGUUCGGCAGCAGAAUCCCUCAUCUCCCAGGAAAACUGAGGCUUCCUUCCAUGUGGAUCUAGACAUGUUCAAUUACGUAAUGCACUUUAAGGAGUCGUUUAUUGAGAAAAUAAAAUCGGAUUACCACACUAAGGUUAAUCACGAAGACAGUUUAGGAUUUGUUCAUGUUAAACUCACAGGAGGAGCCUUUGAGGAAGCAGCUAAAAAACUCUCUAAAUUCAUGCAGGAGAUGAGCUCAUCUCUAUACACGCAUGAAAUAGACAUGAACAAAAUUGACCACAAUCAGAGGAAAUACAUUACUGAGAAGGCUUACUCAUAUCAAGAUAUCUACACUGUUUUAAUUAGGCAGGAAGGUAGCAUUAUUAAGGUGGUGGGCUUAUCAAAAGACAGUUAUGAAGCAAAGGAAAAGCUUCUUGGACGGGAGGUUGACAAUACCUUGCCAAGAGACUUUCAGAAGAACCGCCUGCGACGCAGCAGGUCUUUGCCAAAACAAAAAACAAGGACCAGAGAGGACGCAGACUUGGGACGAAGGCCGGAUGCUAUUUACGCGACCACUGUUACUAGCUCUUCUGCCUCACGCUCCCGUGACUCGCAACCAGAUGUACAACAGGAAAGAGGUCGGAAGUCGUCUAAAUCCUCUGCACAACGUGACAGAGCAAAGAGCACUUCUCGAUUAGAGCACAAAAAUCAAACUAGAGGGAACCAAGAGCCACCAGCUACAGAUGAGCACGAUCUGACACCCACCAAGGAAGUUCAGAUGUCUAAACGAAAUCCUAACAUGAAAUCUCCUCUUGUAAAUAUAGAUAAAUUGAUGAAAACUAAGUGGCACCUUCCAAAAUCACUGAAUAAAAUACGUAAAUAAUUUACCUUGUUGCACAAACUGAUCACAUCAAGAUAUCAUCCAUUGUAAAACACAGAAAUUAAAUAAAAUUGUUUAGGUUGCCUUGUGAUCUACACACACUGCACAAUUUUAGCAAUCCUAUAAGAUCAAUGCAGGUCAAAAUGUGUGGCUGGCGUGGACCUGGCUACGCAUGUAGACCGUCGGAUGAUGCCACCUACACUGAUAAAAAUAAUGGUGCCUCACGAUGACCUUUUUUGUCGAAAUGGUUCCAUAAAGAACCUUUCAGUUUCACAAGAGCAUCUUUGUGGUAAAAGAAGGUUCUUCAUUGAAGGACCUUGUGACAUUGAAGGUUCAGAUUAUAAAAAGGUAAGAAAGAGCCGGUUCUUAUAGGAACCUUUGCCUGAAUGGUUCAAAGAUAGUUCUUCUAUGGAAUCGCCGUGAAGAAGUUUUUUAAGCACUUUUAUUUUUAAGAGUGGUAAACAAAAAGAGCAUGAUGAAUCACAUUUAGCGGUUGUAUUUUUUAUGUGUGCUGAAAAAUGUGGAAGCAGUGAAAGAGGAAGGAAUAAGAGCUUGAGGUAAACACUUUUAUGUCGUGUUGAUUGCGCGUCCUAGUUGGACAACACACUGUGCGAUGGUUAUGCUGAAUUUCUGGCGCUUCAAGAAAAUGAUCAGAGGUUAUCUUUGGCCACAACACGGUGACAAUGACCACAGGUUAGGUGUCACAAUCACAGAAAUCGCUAACAAUUGGUUCACAAUGCCAAUAUUACAGCCGAAAACCGUGUGUGUUAUAAGACAUUUAAAUGAUCAUAAACCAGGAUGUCCUGCUCCUGAAUACCAAGGCUGUACACAGUAUAGCUCCAACCAGAGAGUUUAAACACUUUGAUUAGCUGAUUCAGGGAUGUUUAAUUAGAUUUGGACGCCCCUGGCCUAAAUGCAUCUGUUUAGUUUGUACACACUCUUGAGAACUUUGCAACAAUCACUGUGAAUGCUUUGCAAUUGUCUCAUAUAUAUGACAGGAAAUCAGUAUAUUGUAUUUUAACUGUAGUUUACCUGUGUAAUAUAUUUUAGUCUUUUUCUGCAUUGCUGGUUUGCCAAGACUCUCGUCAUUACCAUGGAGACUCAACAAGGAAGUGUCUUUUUUUGACAUUCUACAGGAAGUGAGGCAGGCCCUGUGGUUGACUUAGGGUCUGAGCACCUCCCUGUCAAAAAACCAAAACCCUUCUAGUGUUAAGCAGGAUAGUAUGUGAGAAAUACACUAAUGUUCAGAGUGACAGUGUUUAUGUUCUUUUUUCAACAUUAAUUAAAAACAAGCAUUUCUAUGACCCAUGAAAUCAUGAUUUGGGGUUUCCUUGUGAUUUAAGAACUUCUACAGUGGUCAUUAUAAUUGAUUGGUUGCCUUGCCAAAAGUAUUUUUAAGCAAUUUGACUGAUUCUUUUGAGGAAAUAUUUUAUAUGAAUUAUUUUAGUCAUUACUGCAAUAUGGACAAAUAGUAAUUCUAAUUAAAUAACAGUUUAUGCUAAUCUGUUGUGAAGAUUAAGUAGUGUGACUUCUUACUCAUAUCAGCUGAUUUAUGAUUUCUACUUGAUUGUAAUUGCAUUUUUUAAUAAAGUGUGUAAUGUGUUACUCAUUACUCAAAAAAAUA